CAUUUAAUCUUUGGAAAAUAGAUGUUGACAUUUGUGAGAGUAGGAGUAGAGGUAGUGCUGUCACGUUAGGGUUUUAGAAUAAAUGGAGGAGUGGUACGCAUUGAUUCGUCUGAAUCGCAUAAAAAGGAAGCAAGUAUUUUCUGAGGAGGGAUGAUGGAAACUAUAUGUGGUGAUGAAUUGCUGCCAGGCUCUGUGCAAGCAGAGCCUAGUGAGUCUAAUGGUGCUGAUGUACAGACUCCUCCAGAAUCUCAGAAGUCAAUGGCAUUCACAAUACACUUUGCAGACAGCAAGGGUAAUGCAUCUGCAAGGAAUCUACGAGAAAACUUAGGAAGAUUUCCUUUCCGACAUACGAGAAACUGGUCACUGUCUGCAGUUGGUGAAGACAAGAAAAAUGUCAAUGAAAGUGCUUUGCAAGCAAUAGGACUGUCACCUUUACCAUCAAGAAAACUGGUUUUGCCAAGAAGAGCUGGCUAUCACUCAGAAGGAUACUUUUCAAGUGAUCAGGAAGAGGAUAUGAGAAGUAAAAGUGACAUAUUUGUCCAGAAGCUAAAGACUGCAGAGAGAGGUAUUAGAACAACAAAUCUUGCUCAAGAGAAAAAAAUUUUAGCUGAACAUAGCUCCCAGAUUAAAGCAAAAUUAAUGUCUGCGUGUGAGCAGCAACAAAUACAAAAGUUUUUUGAAAGAGAUCGACUGCUAAGCGACGAAGUGAAGGAAAAGCGACACAACACAUCUUUAAAUAAUGUUGCUAGUCCUUUUGAAGAUAUUGAUGCUAACUGUAAAGAAGAAUGGCUAGUUGCCAGCACGAAUGAUGAUAAUGACAUUGAAAUAAGAGUUCAGACACAAAAUCCUGAUGAAAUGAUUGAUGAUAUUGAGGAAGUGAUAAAUGACUCUUCGAAUGACACUGUCAGUGAAGCAGGAACCUAUACAAUUGAGAGAGAUGUGCCUUGUCCAGAAGAAGAUGAGGCUCGUAAGGAGUUGGAAAAUGUUAUUGGGUUCAUGAAAUCUGCUCAGGAGAAGGAUAUUGAUCAGACUGAAGAGCAGAAAGGAAAUGGAUUCAAGAUGAGUCUGUAUCGUGAUAAUCCAAACUGGAUUAAUGAGUGGGCAAACCAGGUGGCCAAACAUAAUCAUGAGUCUGAAUAUGAAAAAUCAGAUCCAAUGAGUCUGCCGCCUCUACCUCUGGGAAAACCAGUUCUCAGCAGCAAAGGGUUGCCACCAUCUGGUCGGAAGCUUACUCCGUCUCCACAGCAUACAAAGAAUCAUCUCUUCCAAUCACCAGUGGCAAUUUCAGCUUUUCCGGACUUCGGGCAGAAACAGGAUGUAGUUGGAAGUGAACGACACAGUGACAGCAGCUUGGAGACAGAAUCAUUCUUGAGAGCAACAGAAUCUGUUGUUACUGCUAUGCAGGCACGAAUGACUCUCUCUGUAGACUCGGGUGGGGAGUCAGAUGUAGACACUAGUCACAGUUACAGCAGAGCCAUUGUCGGAAAUCGUGGACCUGUUACACCAUUUCGCAGAGCGAGCAAUGCGUCAGACACUAGUGUCAGACAAGGAGAGGGUCGGCAGUCGGACAGUAGUAGUGAGACGGGUGAAGGAAGGAUGAGGUCAGGCACCAUUCCAGCACCUGGAUCGACACCCCAGAUGCGAUACAACAGGGCCUUCAGUUUAAGAAGAGCACGACUGGACAAUGAACCUGAACCUGCUGAAAGUAAAAAAAACAAGUCCUUAUCUAAAGCUGAAUCGCCAACGCCAAGCAACAGCAGGUCGAAGAAACUGACUGAACCUCCUAAGCUUGCUCAGGGCAGGCUAAAAUCCAAAAGUACUAAGCCGGAGACACCAGCGCUCUCGCGGACUGAGAGCGCAAGAGCCAGCAUGCGUGCACAGAGACAAACUCCUCAGCCCAGUUCGAGACAGGGCUUACCAAAAAAGGAAUUAAAGAAGAGUGCUGGUGGGCGAAGUAAUUCAACAUUGUCAUCAAGGGAAGUGGAGUUUCAAAACUGGAAACGACGUAAAAGCUAUGAUCCAAUGAAAGCUGCUGCAGAAGGAAAGAAGAAAGAAGCAGCUAAAAAAGCAUUACCUUUAAGCACCAGCAUGACACAAUCCUGUAUCCCUGAUACUGAGACUUCACCUAGCCGACAGAACCCUGUUUUAAGAUCAGCAUCUUUCCAUGGUACUGGAGAAAUGACACCAAGCUAUGCUUCUUCUGAAGAAGAAGUCACACUGUCCGCAGAUGAAGAUUCUCCUGUAUCUGCUCAUCCCCACGUCAUAAGUGUUGCUUCACCUGUGCAGGCUUCAGCAGAUGGCGCAUUUGGUGGAAGUAGAGUGUCACUUCACAGUGCAGCAUCAAAUUCAUCUCUCCGUAGUCGUUCAAAGAUAGAGGCUCUUGACAACUUAAUAGUGGCUGCAAUGUUCAGUGUUUCACAAAGAGUAAGAGGAAGCUCGUGCAAAGUACUAAAAAAGCUCAGGUAUUUGUAUGAAGAAGACAGUGAACGAUCUGAAAAACUUGGUGAUGUGAUUGAUUUAUUAGAGAGCACAGGUGGCUUAUCUUCUCCACAGAAUCGAAGUCCUUCCAAAGACCUCUCUGCAACCCUUAAAACUUUGAAGUGUGUAGAAACUGUUUUUAAAGUGUUGGAUGAGGUGCUGUUUGAUGAAGAGGACUUUGGUCUGGAUGAUGGAAGUUACCAGUGUGAAUGAAGGCAGAUGAUAAAAGAAGACAGGGACACUAUUUAUGAAAUUGCUUUUUUCAAUGUAUUACAUUGCAAAUGGAAUAAUGUGCAAUAAUGUAUUAUAAUUUCAACUAUUUCGUUAGCUGAAGAUGUUUUCAAUCCAUCCAAAAUCGUGUCCAAUUUUGCUCAAUGUCAUGCAAUUAUUUGUGCAAUGUAUAAUACUUGGUUGAACCAUUUCGCUGCAUAGUUUUUUUUAUUCCACUGGACUGUUUUGAAACCGCGUGCAUGUUAUAAUGUGAAAAGUAGGAUAUUCCCCACCCUACACCCUCUAUGUUCAGUCAAGCUGAACGAUUGUCUGUGAUUUUGCUUCCAUUAAUGUUGAUACUUGUCUGAAAAUUUAGCUGUUUUGUGAAUUCAGUGUUUGUGUAGAAUGGUCUCUAGGUAAGUUGUACUAUUGAGUAAAGCCGUCUUUACUCUUAUUAUGUACAUUGUGUAUUGAAUUAGGCUAUUUAAAGACUGUAUGGAAAUGAUUGCCAUUAGGUUUUUGUUGUUUUCAGAUGUGCUAACAAAUGAAUAUUCAUAUUUUCUAUAACAAAAGACAUAUGUUUGUGAACAUACCUGGGAACAACAAGAAACAAUUUUUUUUAGUGCAAUCGUAGAAAUAUAUCCAUAAGUCUUAAGUACUGACAAGUUUUGGAUUGUAAGCUCUGACAGGUCAUGGGCUCUACCCAACUGCACCAGUUUGUGCUUGUAAUUGCUUACAUCACAUUUUGCUUUUAUGUGUUAUUAACUUUGAUCACUGAUAGAAAUAUGUAUCAUGCAAACCUGCACAGCUGACUGCAAAGUACAAACUGGAGCAGGUAUUCUUUAGCAGUAUUAUUUAUAUGUACAAGCAUAGAUGUAUGCUCCAUACACCAUAUCAUUCUGUUAAUGACUGUAAAAAGUAAAAAUUGCUUUGUAUGUAAAUUUUCACUACUUGAAAUGUAGUGAGCAUUGCUUACAUUAUACACUUCAGUGUGUAACAGUAUUUUUGAAUUGUGCGCAAUAGACAUGAUAUAGUCAGUGUUUUCCUUUUUUCACAACUGUGACACUUCAACAAAUGUUUUUAUAAAAAUAUGAAACUUUAUCACAGUCUACUAUACAAUCUGAAAAAUUGUAACAUUAAGUUAAAAAUAUUAUCAAGUAUUUUCUGAUACUUGCCUACGGAAAACUUUUAGAUUAAUCCUCUGUUUACAUCGAACUUCACAGGCUUCCAUUUAUUAUACUAAAUUGGAGAAUCCUUUAAACAUUAUUUAAAAUUUAAUUUUAUAAACAAUUUAAAGCUUUUGUAUGCAAAUAUAUUUACAUGUGAAACUAUAGUCUUGUGUCAUAAAUGAAAUUCAUAAUUCUAUAAAUGUGAUUUUGGUUAUGAAUAGU